GUGGCUUAUAUGCGGUCAUGUGACCUGGACUCAGCCAUCUUGUUGUGGAUACGAAGAGAGACCGAGAGCUCGCGUAGCAAUCUUGCCCUGUCAGAAACGCAGAGUGUCACACAAAUUCAGCUGACUAACAACAACCAUCUCCUAGCAACGCGGCAGUCAUAAUCACGAUAUUCAAGAAAUAAAGAAAAAAAAUGGCAGCAGAAACACAGACACUUAACUUCGGCCCUGAAUGGCUCCGGGCUCUGUCUAGUGGAGGCAGUGUCACCUCCCCUCCGCUCUCGCCAGCAUUGCCAAAGUAUAAGUUAGCAGAUUACCGCUAUGGGAGAGAAGAAAUGUUAGCACUUUACAUAAAGGAUAAUAAGAUUCCCUUAGACCUACAAGACAAGGAGUUUCUGUCUAUUUUACAAGAGGAGCCCCUGCCACCACUGGCACUUGUACCUUUUACAGAAGAAGAACAGAGAAAUUUCUCAAUGUCUGUAAACAGUGCAGCUGUCCUGCGAUUAACAGGAAGAGCCGGAGGAACAGUGGCAGGGGCGCCAAGAGGUCGAAGUUCCUCAAGGGGUCGAGGUCGAGGGCGGGGGGAAGGUGGGUUUUACCAAAGAAGUUUUGACGAGGUGGAAGGUGGAUUUGGCCGUGGCGGGAGAGAGAUGCACAGAUCUCAGAGCUGGGAAGAAAGGGGAGACAGGCGGUUUGAAAAGCCCGGCCGGAAAGAUCCAGAUGUCGCACCAGCGCACUUUCAACUCAAUCCCGUUAGAUCAAAUUACGAAGAGGGUGGCGCGACGGUGGUGGUGGCAGCGGCGGCGGCCCGCAAGCACGAGUUCACGCGAUCGGAGAGUGAGAACUGGAGAACGUCUCGGGAGGAGCAGAGCAACGGGCCGCGGUCAGCUGGCUGGAGAGAGCUCCCGGAGCAGCGGCGGCGCUUUGGCUUGGAGCCGCGAGGGGAGGAGGAGCAGCGCGGUUAUCGCCGGGCACACUCCACCAGCGGCAGUCUGGAGGACGAGAAGGACAGCCUGCCCGAGUGGUGCCUGGAGGAUGCUGAUGAGGAGAUGGGGACCUUCGACUCGUCCGGGGCCUUCCUGUCUCUCAAGGUGAGGGGCUAUGAGCUCUCAACCUUCCCCUCGCUCAAGAAAGCUUCCAAGGAGCCAAUCCCAGAGGAGCAGGAACUAGACUUCAGGCCGUCCGAGGAGGGUGAGGAUCAAUCGGAGCAGGAAGAGAGCGACCCAGAAGAGAACAAGGAGCCUGCCCAGACUGCCAGGAAGGAGACUGAGAGAAAGGAAGAUGCAGAGAAGUCUGACAACGCUGAUGUGUCUGCCCCCUCCCUCCCCGUCGAGCCCAAGGCUCGUGAACCAUCACCCCCCCCCCUGCCAGAGCGACCAACACAGAGCCUCCCCGAGAGAGUGGAGAGACUGCCUGGCCCUGAGCUCAAUCCAGCACGCACCACUCCUGUCUCCAACAUCAGCCAAGUGACAAAGAUUCAUCCAGAAAUGUUGCCCCCUGUCCUGACAGCUCAACAGAAACAACUAGCUCCUGCUUUCACACCAAUCCCAUUCCCUGCAGGGAUGGCCCUGCCCCACACAAACAUGGGGCUGCUCCCUGACAUUGAUGACGACGAAGGGAUGAAGCACCUGGAGCAGGAAGCUGAGAAGAUGGUGGCGUACCUGCAGGAUAAUGCUCUUGACGACAACAGGCUAUCGGCCAAGAGUCUGGAGCAACGAGGAAAGAGUGUGGCUCUGCCCGGAACUCACGAGGCUGCGCUCAAGUGGUUUUACAAGGACCCCCAGGGGGAGAUACAGGGUCCCUUCACCAACCAGGAGAUGGCAGAGUGGUUUCAGGCAGGGUACUUCACGAUGACUCUGCUGGUGAAGCGGGGCUGUGACGAGGUAUUCCAGCCUCUCGGGGAGAUCAUCAAGAUGUGGGGGCGGGUCCCUUUCGCACCCGGGCCCUCCCCACCCCCCUUACUGGGUGACCUGGAUCAGGAGCGCUUGAAGAGGCAGCAGGAGCUCACAGCCCUCAACCUGUACCAAAUGCAGCAGCUGCAGUACCAGUACCUGCUGAGACAACAGUAUGCCCAGGCUCUGGCGCAGCAGCAGAAGGCAGCCCUGAGCACUCCCCAGCAGCAGCCCCAACUCCGCCUCCUCCUGCAGCAGUACCAGGCCCUGAAGAUGAGAGCAUCGGACCAGAACCUGGUUCCUCCUGUAACCAGGUCCAUGUCUGUACCCGAUACAGGUUCAGUAUGGGAACUGCAGACUCCAUGCUCUCAGCCUUCAGCCUGGGAAGGCAGCAGCGUCUGGGAUUUACCAGUUGAUUCAACGACACAGGCGUCGGCUCCAGAGCAACUACAACAACUGGAAAAAGUGAAGGCAGCUAAGCUGGAGCAGGAGAGGAGAGAAGUUGAGCUGAGAGUAAAAAGGGAGGAAGAGGAGAGGAAGAGACAGCAGCAGCAGGAGGAGGUGCUGCGGAGACAGCAGCAGGAGGAGGAGAGAAGGCACAGAGAAGAGGAGCUCACACGGAGAAAACAAGAGGCGGCACGCCAGAGGCAGAGGGAGCAGGAGGCGGCCCUGCAGAGGCAGCGUGAAGAAGAGGCAGCCCUGAAGAGACAGAGGGAAGAGGAGGAGGAGAGGCAGCAAGAGGAGGCCCGGAGGAGGCUGGAGGAGGAGGAGAGGAGGCAGAGGGAAGAGCAGCUACGGAAACAGCAGGAGGAACAGCGGAGGCAGCAGGAGGAAGCUGCCCGCUGGCAGAGGGAGGAGAUGGAGGCUCUGCAGCGAAUGGAAGAGGAGAAGCAGCGGCUGGAGGAGCAGGAGCACAAACGCAAAGAGCUGGAGCUGCAGAAGGAAGCCCAGAGACAGCAGGAGCUUGCGCGUCAGAGGCAGCAGCAGCAAGAGGCUCUGCGCAGACUCCAGCAACACCAGCAGCAGCAGCAGCUGGCACAGAUGAAGCUGCCGUCGUCUUCAAAAUGGGGCCAGCAGUCCAGUGCUGCAGCUCUGCCACAGUCUCAGAACACUCUGUCACUGGCUGAGAUCCAAAAACUGGAGGAGGAGAGGGAGCGGGAGUCCCGGGAGGAGCAGCGGCGGCAGCAGCAGGAGUUGAUGAAGGCUCUCCAGCAGCAGUCUCAGCAGCAGCAGGCUGCAAAGCUGUUAGGCUGGGGAGGCGUCGCCAAGCAGCCAGCCACCACUAAAUCCCUGCUGGAGAUCCAGCAAGAGGAGGCACGCCAGGUACAGAAGCAGCACAAACAGAAACCGGAGCAGCAGCAGCAGAACCCACCACAGAACCGGGCCCAGAACAAAGCUUUGGAGGGCCAGCUGUCUAACCUGAAUUCCUCCAGUGGAGCCAGUGCAGUUCUGCAGAGCAGCAUCAGUAACUCUGUGUGGGGCUCCGUCAGCCACAGCAGCCCCCAGUGGAGUGUUGAUGUGGGCAGCAACAGCAUCUGGGGUAGCGCACCCAACAGCAAGAACUCCAACAUGGGCUUCUGGGACGAGGCUGCCAAGGAAGUGGUGCCGCCUGCGCGCAACUCCACUGCCAAGAGCAACACUAACCUGAGCAACUCUAUGGGAGUGAGUGCCCGAGCCAGUAAGAAGGAGGAGGAGGAGGAGAAGCUGGUGAAGCUGUUCCAGGGGCUGAACAAGACCCAGGAUGGCUUCACACAGUGGUGUGAGCAGAGUCUGCACACACUCAACACAGCCAAUAACCUAGACGUUCCUACAUUUGUUUCUUUCCUGAAAGAGGUGGAAUCUUCCUACGAGGUCCAUGAUUACAUGAGAGCCUACCUGGGAGACACGCCUGAGGCCAAGGAGUUUGCCAAGCACUUCCUGGAGCGCCGUGCCAAACAGAGAGUCAACCAGCAGCAGAAACAGCAGCAGCAGAAACAGCAGCAGGAUUCGAUUUGGGGAGUGAACCGAAGUGAGAUGCAAACUAUCUUACAAUCGAAUCACAGCUCCAUACAGCAGUCCAGCUUUGAGACGGUGCACUCUGGGAAGAAAAAGAAAAAACAGAAGAUGGUACGAGCAGACCCCAGCCUGCUAGGAUUUUCUGUAAAUGCUUCGUCGGAUCGAUUGAAUAUGGGCGAGAUUGAAACAGUGGAGGAUUGUUGAGGAACCACAGGCUGCUGCCAACUCGCCAACUAUUUCUCUUCUGAACAGCUGCCAUUUCAAAAGCAUCCUUGUAAAGCGGCAACACGUUUUUGUUUAGUUUUCCUUAGUGUAUUUUAGUUCUUCAAAAACCUUGUUUCCUAAUCUCCACAGUCAUCCACCACAACUAAGUGGCCACAGUACAAAACCGUGCUGUAAGCACAGUGGGGCCUGGUGGUGGUGGUUAGAGCUGAGGACUGGGAGCCAGAAGUUGCUGGUUUUGAUUUCCAGCUCAGUCCCUGCAUCCCCUGUGAGACUGCUACUGCUGUCCCAGCAGUUUCAUGAAUUGGGUCCCAGCUGGAAACCACUGGGGGGAAAAGGGAACAUUUCCUGAAACUACAUCCGGAAUUACCCUUGCAUUAUAUUUAUUGAAAUCUUCCUGUCUGGCCUGUAUUAUUAUUAUGAUUAUUUUGUUGUUUUUUUCUGUUUUUUAUUCCGUGUGUUGCCUCCCUGUUCCACCAGUUGUUCGUAGGAUACAAGGAUCUUGACUGUUAACGUGACAGAAGAUGUCCUGUUUUAAGGGCUUGUUCAACAGUUCCAAGUAGCUGUUCGUUUCUUGUAAAAUACUAGUUGGUUAAAGAAUAAACUGAAUUCUGCAACUGUAAUAUAAAA